UGCUCCACCUGUGGGAUGCUCUAGAGUUUUCCGCCAAAGUACGAGAAAGGCGUGGGCUAUGUCGCUAGACGACGUGGAGGUCAUGUAGGUCGCGGCAUAAUUCUCAGGGUCGCAGGGCGACGUGGACGCGAUGGUUCGGACAUUUGCUGCCAGCGGAAGCGCUCCCAGAAUGUCUGCUUGAUAGGGCGUCUGGCGCCGUUCUCCUCAUCCAGUCUCGCGCCUGCUCUCGGGCGCCCGACGCCAAGUCUGGAGCCCUUCGGGCGCUCCGGACUUGCAGGCAUCAGCGUGUCACAUGACCAGCGGAGAGCCUCCAAAUCGUCAAAAUGCAAGUGCAGAACAACUUCCUUUUGUCGUCUUCGAGUGUGCGUGGCCUUGAUUCCCCACUUUUCCUCGCCCUCCGGUCCGUCGGAUGCUCAUCUGGCAUGUUUCGCCCUCCCAACCAUUAUAGUUUCCAGGGUAUGGUGUACUCUGCCGCAUCGAUAGGGACUUUAUUUCCAAAUUUUCUAUUCGAUUGCGAAACCUUGGGGUACUUCGCCCUCCCUGAACAUCCGUCGUUGCCAUUGGAUACAGCGAUAUCCUGGUGAUGGUAGGAAUGGGGUGGAAGCAAUCACCGUUAGGGAUGCUUCGUGUGGGAGGAGAAGGCAUCUUGUAAGCCCGGCGAGCCUGUCACUCAUCGAGGUAUUGUCGCGAAAAAGACUGCCUGCAUCCUUCCGGAGACAGGAGUCAGAGACAGUACAUCGAUGUACUCCCGAAAAAGUUUCCGAUGCAUCUCAACCUCAACCAGGAUUGUCGCCCUUGCCGUCUGACUCGGAGGUUGGGUGUACAGUGUGCAGUGUGAAGGAUUUUGCUCACGGAGGCGAGUUCGCACUAAUUCGAUGGAGGGUCACGCUCCAGUAGACCAUGUACAGAAUCGGGCUGUCAACUCAUGGUUUUCCCAGAGACCGAGAACGCACUCGGAUCAUCGCGGUGUUAAGAGGGAGAUGGCGGACGUCUCGCAAUAUGUAGGGUCCUGGGUGGACGAUCCGAAAGAACGGCAACGCAUUUCCCCCGAAGCCGAGGCGGGAGGAUGGCUUCGUGAUGAACCCGUCGAUGGCCACAACAGUUCACAACGUUCUGGAUCAUCUGCCGCGUUUCCGUGUGGGAACCCGGCGAGUCUAGGCUCCGUGGACGUAGAUGGAAACACGAUGUAUUCAGGCACGAAGAACAGCAACUUUAAUGUUUCCCAAGUUUCUACAUCGUCCCCUUCUGAUGCUCUGCCCUCUGGGUCCCCAGGUCGUUUACCGGAUCUGACCGAGGACGCCGCGGGUCCUCCUAAUCAAUCGUGUACUCCUGUGUAUUUCCAGGAGCAGAGGGCGAACCUCUUUGCUCAACUGAGGGGCAUUCGCAUCAAGGAAAGCGUUAUUCGCAGUGCUAUAGAGAGGCUUGGCGGUGGACAGAAAGGUCUACGAGCUGUGAUAAAGGUGAUCAUCUUUUGGUUGAGGAGCCGCACAACCUCGUCACAGACGAGUGAACAAUUUAGCAUCCAAGAACCCUUGGCUCCUCUUUCCACAGAGGAAAUUGAAAAGUUACCUUGGAACCACGGUGGUAGUUUGGAGAAUAGCUUCGGGACCAGCCAAGAGAAUGGGAGCGGUUGCACUGUCAGUGGGGAUUUGCAGUUUCUUAUGAACUCAUCUUUUCUGGAUGGAGCCCCAGGUAGCGUCUCAUGUACAGGCGAGUUGAAGCUAGGAGACGGCGAGUAUGCAGAAACAAAGAAUCACGAUAUACAGUUGUUAGCGAUCAACGAGCCUGGAGCGUUGAGUGGAAUGCUAGAUGACAUGGGUGUGCAGGAACUGGGAGUACAGGGUUCAGGGUCUUUAUUGGAUGUCCAGCCGUCGCUUGUAGCAGGGUGGAGCCAUCAGACUUUUAUUACAGAUGAACGCCAGCAUCGACUUGGGAUUCGCAGGCUUUCUCCUUCUCCUGAGCGAGUCACUCUGUCUACGGACUUGGGCUACGAGGACACCCAGUUUCACCGAAACAAGAUUAGACGGCUUUCUCCAUCGGGCAGUUCGUCUACGAGUUCGUGUGACGUUCCAGCGUACUCGAGUAUUUCCCAAUCUCUUCCCGAUGUCAUGGGGUUCUCCAACAAUCCCUUUGCUCCAGGUGGUCCCUUUAGUAUCAGCCCCUCUAGUCCGAGUUUGGACCACCACGCUAUGGACAUGGGCACUUUCAGUUCCUUUGGAAUGCAAGGAACUAGUUUGAUUGACGAGGCUACUAUUGGGGGCACUGCUGCUAUGUAUACCGACAGUACAAUGGAGCGUGAGCAGUCAGGGGCUCGAUUGGGACUUGUAGGGAAGAGCAAGACUACUCCUGCUGCGCAUACUCGACUGGCACGAAAGAAUAGAAUGGAUCGGAACAGGAGAUCUGCCUCUCUCCAUCCUACUCGUUCUACACAAAGUGGAGCUCCUGGUGUAGGAGUAACUGGAAGUGGGUGGGCGCCCUCAUCCGGAGCUUUACGCACGCCUCAUUCUCAAACUCUCCCUGGAGGAGAGGGACAGACACGGGUGAAGGACCGACGUGAUAUGGACCGUUUACAAUAUCUGCUCCAAAAGAUGUUGAAGCCAAGCGAUGUCGGCAAUCUUGGCCGAAUAGUUCUUCCAAAGAAAGACGCCGAAAGCCACUUACCGUGGCUAGGAGCGAGGGAAGGAAUUCCAUUCCCCUGCGAAGACUUUGAUACCGGAGAUAAAUUAAAUCUCAGAUACCGGUUCUGGCCCAACAACAAGAGCCGUAUGUAUUUACUGGAAAAUACUGGCGAGUUCGUCAAAAAACACAAUCUUGAAGAAGGAGACCGAUUGAUGAUAUAUAAGAAUGUACAGGACGAUACUUUCAUCAUUCGAGGUCGCAAGGCGCAGGACUGUGUGGAUCCCACUUCAAGUCAAGCCCAGGCUGAUGACAAGGAGGUGCGAGGGAAGGAGAUAUCUUCGCAAGGACCUCCUCUUUCUGGUAGUAGCAGUGGUACGUCAUCAGUCGAUAUGGAUGUUGUACCUGACGCUCCUCUAGAGCAUACUGUUUCUGGACAAGAAGGAUCGCCAGCUUCUGGUGUUACGGCUGUCACCUUAAUAACGUCGCAAGAUGAUUUAUUGAAUUUUGCGGAUCUACCGGAUGCACCAAUGGGCGAUGGGACUGAGCCGUUAGUCCGAUUCCCCAGUUUGGAGGCUUUUGAGGACUUACUGGGCAUGGUUCCUGCUGUCUUGAGCCAGCAGCAGCAGGAAACUCUAUAAUCGGAGGCGGGAAGGACACUAAGUUAGGUUUCCACGAAAAAACAUUGGUCGUUCUUCAAUGUUAGGAUCUGGACAGGGGAGAAGGUGGAGCCCUUUCCUAGAUGUACCUUGUGUCGCGUCACGUGGACCUUCCAUGCCCUCAUCUUGUACGAAUUUGACAUUUGAUAUGUGGUGAUAUUCGGCGUGAUAUAAGUCCGAUCAGGGCUUUAUGAUACUGUGAUAAAAGACGGUUAGAAAGAAGUUGGAUUCAACUGUUGGUAAUUGUAAAUCACUCUAGUGUGGUAGUUUGUUCCGUGGAACUUGUCUUCAAAUGAGGGAGUUUCUGCUUUAACUCAGGAAAGCAGUAAUCUCGUGUUCUAGUUAGCUGGGCGUAGUCAAACGUUCUGAUCAACGGAAUGGUGGAUACUGGUAUGGUACCGUGUUUAUUGGUGGACGAGGGAUGAUCCCCAACCAAGUCUGUUUUUCUCGUUUUUGUGAUGAGAAUAUCUGCUGCCCCGAUCUAGGAGUAGUCAGAGGAGUUCUCUUUUACAACAGAGAGCUUCUCCUACCUUUCCCGGAAAUAUUAUUGAGGGGAACUGUACUUGCAGUAGCAAGUUUUGUGACAGGCUUUACGUGUAAGGCAGUGUAUACACGUCUGCAGCUUCUUUUCUUCUCGGAGGACUCUAUUUGUGUGCUGUCUCAGGUGGAGCAUUGUCACAGUGAAUUGUGGACGAAGCGCAGAGGAAAUAACCGAAGGUACCGUUUUUCCCUUGUAAGAUGGAGGUCGUUGACAGACUUUAUGCAGCUGAGUGGACAGGUUUUCAGUGGAGCAUAUCACCGCUGUAUUUGGCCAGUCCUAGAGACAGACCGGCGUGAAAAUUAUUUACUUGAAUCUUCCACUCGUGACCUGUCUGCUCCAGAGAAGUUCUGGGGAAUCAGCUAAUGCAGCCCUUUAUCAGCAACAGCUGCAGACAACCUUCAGGGAAAGGAGAGCUUACUCAGAUAGUUCUCACCACUUGCAUCAGGUAACCUUUCGGAAAUAAGCUGUCACGUCUGGUCCUUAUCAAUUCUUUCCGAUAAUGAUCGGGAAUUGCUCGUAAACAGCUACUCAUACCAGACGCUCGUACAGCUUAGUGUUGCUGCUCGUGAACUUCAAGAAACUAGCUCUUUGAAGACUUAUUUCGUGUUGAACCUCUAGAGUGGCCUGACUAUUCAAAAGAUCAGAUGCCCAGUUUUGGUGUAUCAAGUGCGGAUGUUAAUACCGAGGUUGCUCUCUGAUUGACUGAGCGACUGAUGCACUUCCUCAAGUACUGGUCAAGCAUUAUAUGAUAUGAAGUAACUUGUCUGUAAAUUACAGACAAGUUACUACGUUCAAUCUCAGAGUGCCGCCCCACCGAAAGUUGUAGAACUAUUACAUACUAUUGUUCCCUCGGAUUUGAUGUCUCAUGCACACAGCUUGGCACGGAGGCGGUCGUCUAGAGUUGAACGGGGAGAAUGGAAGUUUGUUUACUAGCUCACAAAUUUCUUCUCUCAGGAAGAAUACACAGCGUUACUUUACCUGAAAUUCCUAUGAAAGUUUGAAUGUGUAUGAACCCUUUCUAUAUCAAGUCACUUUUUGUCUUCAUUUGGUCUUUCAAAAGCACAUUGGAAUAAUUAUGAUGCGAGGGGAACAUGAAUUCCUGUGGGAAUUUUUUUUGC